ACAUUUCAGAUUUCCCGGUCACCAUAUGAGUCUGUGAGGACAAAUUUCUUCAUUUGGUUGGCCGUGGUGAAACCGGCCCCUUGACGGCGUGGCGAUCCAUGAUUCCGUGAUUGAACAGGAUUGCAGCCACUCGGGGGUCGUCUUCUCAUCCGUGCAUGCCUCAAAACACAGAUCUGAGACUCAAUCCGAUGGUAAAUCUGGUUCUUAUGCUAAUUUUUUUUGGGAACAAGGAAGUUUCCAGCGGAGUUUUUUCCCAAACAUGUCAUCAAAAUCCAGCCUACAUUUUCAAGUUUCGUGGAUGAAUGAGGCCGCUUAAAUCCAUGGGGAUUUCUAUGGGUGGUUGUCCCUCUCUGCGUGCCAAUGAUUUCCAAAGAAGAUAAACAGCCCUUUAUGUUUUUACGAGUAUUCAUUCAUUCAUUCAUCCCUCUCCUCGGUCAACUUUUUCCUCUAAAACGUUUUGGCAGUUGGCCGAAAUGGUUAUGAGAAUAGGAAGAAAAAGUUUUGUAUUUAUGAGCCUGCCAAUUUCGCAGUCGCAGCCACAUUCACUCUUUGUUCAGUGUCCCAUCGGUGUCUGAUUUAGCAAUAACAUUUCAGAUUUCUGGUUACAUAUGAGUCUUUGAGGAUACAUUUCUUCAUUUCGAUGGCCACGGUGAAACCAGUCCCUUGAUGGCGUAGCAGUCCAGGAUCCAGAGUGUUUUUGCAUGAUCAGAUUUGCAGCCACUGGUAGAAAAGAAGAAAUGUAUUGUCAGAUUGAGUCUCUAAACCAUUUUAUUUUGGAGUGUCAUUUUAAUUAUGUAACUGAAAGGUAACCACGUGUGACCAGGAUAUAUUUCUUCUUUUCAUCCAUUCAUGUCUUAAAACACAGAUCCGACUCACUCUGAUGAUAAAUUUGGUUCUGCAGUUUGCCAGUAAUAAUGUUUCUACCUAAAUCUUAUGAGGCUGCAGGGAAAUGUGAGGUUUCUAAGGGUGGUUUCCUUCGCUGUUAGCCAAUGAUUUUUCUUUUCAUAGUUAACAACCCUUUGUAAAAACAGUACGGAGUAUGAAUUUGACAUAUUUGUGGUAAUGGUCUGAUAAGGAUUGGCAUUUGUCAGGGUGGUUGCCCCUCUCUGCAUGCCAUGAUUCUGGAUGCAUACUUGUGUGUCUAUUAGGGCCCGUUCUCUUCAACUUGUUUUCAAUGAAAUCAGGUCAGGUCGGCAGAUUAGACCAGAUUAGAAACAGAUACAAAGUCAAGUUUAGUUUAUGAGUUAUGACCUCUAUUAUUUUAACAAAUAAAAAAUCAUCUCAUUUUUUUAGAAAUAUUGGAUAAAUAAAAAAAUCAAAAACAUAAAUUAUAAAAUUUGUUCCGGAUAUUUCAUUGACCGGAUCUAAAAUUUCGGAUAUUUGAAACUCGGAUAUCUGGAUGGUUAUAGACCGUGAACCCAACGCUAACGGUUCUCAUCACCUCACAGUUCUCACUACAGCAACGCUCUUUAAGCAUGGAGAUGAAUUGGAAGCCGAAGUGAUAUAUUGUGACUUCCACUACAAUCUUAUAGUUGUGAGGGUUGAAUCAAAUUGCUCAAUGCCGGUUGCAAAUAUGAAAUUUGUGGAUGAUGUUCUUCCUAUGGAUCCAGAUGAGAUGAGUUACUCCUGCGUAUUUUCCAACUCAAGCCAUAUUCUGAUCGCGCCAAGUUAAUACCGGGUGAUUUGGUUAUAGGUCUUAGGCACCAUCAUGAUGGUGACCUCAUAAAUGCCGUUGGUACUAAUUUGGCGCGAUCAGAAUGUGGUUUGAGUUGGAAAGAAUGUGGGAGUAACUCAUUUGGAUCCAUAGAAGAACAUGAUCCACCAACUUCAUAUUUGCAUUCGGUAUUGAGCAAUUUGAUUCAACCCUCACAGCUAUAAGCAGCUAUAAGAUUGCAGUGGAAGUCACAACAUAUCACUUCGGCUUCCAAUUCAUCUCUUUUCAGCAAACACACGUCAACCUGUUGAAAGUUUUUUGAAAACAUGAACCAACUAUAAAAUAACCAUUUCAAAAUAAAUAAAAACCAAAAAAAUAUCCGAACAGUUAAGAAUAAAAGCAAACAUAGUAAAGGAAACUUCAUGUG